AGCAGCUCACUAUAUUUUUCUUGCAAAGAUGCUCGUCCCCUGCAGAGCUUAGGCCCGGCCAAAGCGCCGAGAGUUCCCAUGCCGGAGGCUGCCGCCGGGGAUCAAGGACCCCUGCCGGUCCCCACGGAUGCGGAGGCCUUGCAGGAGCUGCGCCGCGCGCUGGAGAAGAACCAGCGCCAGCUGCUGCAGCGCCUCAACUUCCAGGACGAGGUGCUCUCGCUGCUUCUCUGCAAGCCCCGAGACGCAGAGGACAGCGAGACGCCUUUGCGGUCACAGGUGCAACACCCUCCGGAGCCGCAGCAUGAGCGAGAAUCCUCGAAGGCCUCACCGUCUUUCCAGGAUUCCGUGGAUGUGAUCUGUGAACGUGAACAGGCAAUAGCUGUUGACGAGGCGAUGAACAUGACUCAGGAUUCCGACGUUUGGGACACGGAGUCGAGGAUCAUGGAGGUUGCAGUCAGCAUGGAGAAAGUGGGCGAAGCCGAGCCCCGCAUUUUCCGCAGCAUCACGGAGCAGGACGCGCGCCUGAAGAACCUGGCAUCUCAGUGGGAAUUAGAGGAUGCAGAUGAUGAUGAUGAAGAGGCUCUUCGCAGCAACGCCUCACAGUCCGACACGGUGAGAAGGCGCACGACGCGGAACUCGGACUUCCCGAAGGGCUGGCGAGGGAGGCUGAAAGUCCUGGUGCAGUCCGUGCCCUUCGAGGUAUUUUUCGCUAUCGGAAUCAUCGCCAACGCCAUUUUCAUCGGAGCGGAGGUCGAGUAUUUCGUGAACCACCCAGGGCCUAGCCCUGUUGCAAUGGAGGUUGUAGGACAGCUGUUCAAUGUGCUCUUUACCGUGGAACUCUCGCUUCGCCUUGUUGCAGAUGGUCGCACUUUCUUCACGGACGACAAGUCCUGGGUCUGGAACUGGAUGGAUUUCGUCAUCGUGGUCAGCGCGAUCACCGAGACGAGUAUCCAGGUGGUCAUGGCACUCCUGUACGCCGCCUCCCCUCCCUCGGGGGUGGAGAGCUUAUCAAACCUCCGGGUCUUGCGAAUCGUGCGCAUCACCCGGCUAGUGCGGCUCACUCGCAUCGCGCGGAUCACGCGCUUCAUCAAAGCCCUGCGGACGUUGGUGACCUCCAUCGUCUUCACGCUCAAAUCAUUGGUCUGGGCGCUGGUGCUCUUAUUCCUGAUCAUCUACGCGUUUGGCAUUGUCUUUACCCAAGCGGCUGUGAUGUUCCUGAUAGAAGAGGAGCUCCAUGCUGGUGUGCACGCCGACGUGCUCAGUGACCUCGAGUUGUAUUGGUCCAACUUGUACACUUCGAUGCUGACACUGUUUAUGAGCAUCUCCGGGGGUCUCAGCUGGGAGUUGGCCAUUCGCCCCAUGCAGCUGGUCUCCCCCUGGUGCGUAAUGCUGCUGCUCUUUUACAUAGCUUUCUCGUAUUUUGCAGUUCUCAACGUAGUGACAGGCGUUUUCUGUCAAAGUGCUAUAGAAUCUGCACAAAGCGAUCAUGAUAUGAUCAUGCAGAACAUCAUUGCGAAUAAGGAGGCGCAUAUACAAAAGGUGAGAUCUUUGUUCACCAAUCUGGACGCCGACGAUUCUGGCUAUAUCAGCCUAGUCGAGCUCGAGGAGAAUAUGCACAAAAAAGAGGUGCAGACCUAUUUCGAGGCCUUGGAGCUAGAUGUGCACGAUGCGUGGACAUUCUUCAAGCUGCUCGACACCGAUGGCGGCGCAGCCAUCGAGAUUGAGGAGUUUCUUUUCGGAUGCUUACGUUUGCGGGGUCCGGCUCGAGCACUGGACAUGGCGAAGAUGCAGCACGAGCAGGGCUGGAUGGCGAAACAGCUUGGAGCCUUCAUGGGCUACGUUGAGGUUACGCUCAAGAAGCUCGAGACUGGCCUUCUGAAGGCUGUCGAGGUGCAAUUGGAGACGAGCCUCGGCCCCAUCACCGACCUCCAGUCACCACGCCUCCAGUCGCCACGAGGAGACCUGAAAGCGAUCGCGACCAACUCCUCAGCAAACCAGGCAAGGCUGACAUCCAACGCCUCAACAAACCAGGCCGCCGGGUCCGCGGGGUCCGCGCAGAAGGAGCCUCAGGUGGCAACAGCCAAAGAGUCGACGGAGGUGGCAACAGCCAAAGAGUCGACGGAGGUGGCAACAGCCAAAGAGUCGACGGAGGUGGCAACAGCCAAAGAGUCGACGGAGGAGAUGGUCGACGACACUCCCGGACACAUAACUCACGUCAAUGCACUCCUGCCUGGUCUUCAGACCAGGGCUGAGACCCAGGCGCAGGGGCCCGCGUCCACAGUGCUGCAAUGCGAGAGCUGGCCAGAGCAGCUUUAAGCAACCGCCGGGGCAUGUUGAUGCAAGCCUUUCCAAGCCUUUCCAGGCCGAAUUUGAAAUGAGGACAACCUGGAAAGUGCGAGUUGCAAAUGAGCCACUUCUCAAUUGCCACUAAAGCAUGAUGGAUCAUGAGGAUUACCCAGCAA